AACCAACCCAGCACAAUAUCAAAGAUCGAAACCAUACAGAUUCAGGAUAACAACACACAAGUCCCUUACUGGCAAGAUAUACAUCAAUUCAACUAUGCCUUUCUCCAAGGAAAACUGGUCUCCUCAGGAUGCCAUGAAAGCUUACUUGCAUGCCCUUCAGCUGAGGAAGCAAUGUGCUUCAUCAAUCAUAGAACCCAAAUCAAUGGAGCUAGUGGCAGCAUUGGCAGCAGGCAAGAGAUCAAAGCUAAUGGUGGAGAUCACUUCCUCACCAAAUGUCAUCACCCCACUGACAAUGGCACUUGCUGUUGCAGCAAAGCAAACAGGAGGGAAAGUAGUUCUCUGCAGUACUACUCUCAACAACAUUCCUUCCUCCUCCUCCUCAUCAUCAUCAUCAACUCAUGAAAGUCAGAUCAAGUCCCAGUUGGAGUCAAUGGAGCUUGGAGAUGUAGUAGUGGAGCAUGUUUCUAGUAGUGAUGGUGGCUUGGGUCUCAAGAAAUACAAAAGGGUUGAUUUUGCUGUGGUGGAUGGGGAUGUAGAGCAUCAUGUGGAGCUCUUGGGGUUGCUUGAUGUGAACCCAAUUGGGUCAAUGAUUGUGGGCCAUAACUUGGAUAGGAAGAAAGGGAGGGGUGGUUACAAAGGUGGGUGUUCUUCUUUUGGGGAGGCUUUGGGGAGGAACAAAGAAGGUUGUUAUUUUGUGAGCUUGCCAAUUGGGGAUGGUGGGAUGGAGAUGGCAAGACUUGGUGGUGGUGGGUGUUGUGGUAAUGUGCCUGUUGGGAUUGGGAGGAAGUACAAGAGGUUCCAUGUCACAUUUGAGGAGUGAGAGUGACUCUUGGGUGAUUUUAGGUGUGUAGGUCCGUCUCACGCGAGUAACUUUGUAACUUGACGAAUGGUAUAAUAUAGGUAAAUGUUGUGUAUGUAUAUAUGGUGUUUCUUUUCGAGCAUGAAAAAGAGGUGCAAUAAUGAGUUACAAGAGCGAGCUUGUGCAGAUUUGGCCUUUGAAAAAAUUAGAAAUGUUGAUGUAAGAGAUCAAUCAAUCAUGUUUUAGAAGACUCUUAUGAGGCUUGAGCUAUACCUAGAAUCAAAAUCUUAAGUGAAG